AUGGCCCUCAACAAGUCCAUGCACGCCCGCAACCGGUACAAGGACAAGCCGCCCGACUUCGCCCACCUGGCCUCCAAGUACCCCGAGUUCCAGCGCCACGUGCAGGUCAGCUUGUCCGGGAGAGUCAGUGUCAACUUCAAAGAUCCGGAAGCAGUGAGAGCUCUGACGUGCACCCUGCUCAAAGAAGACUUUGGACUUCAGAUUGAUAUCCCAUUGGAGAGGCUGAUCCCAACGGUUCCCUUGAGGCUUAAUUAUAUCCACUGGGUGGAAGAUCUCAUGGCUAUGCAGGAUCCCGCUGGGAAAGGUUCAGUCGUCUGGGGAAUAGAUAUAGGAACUGGUGCGUCUUGUAUUUACCCAUUACUCGGGGCAACCCUGAAUGGAUGGCACUUCAUCGCGACAGAAGUGGAUGAUGUAUGUUUCAGCUACGCCAAAAAAAACGUGGAGCAAAAUAAUUUAUCGGACCUUAUCAAAGUGGUUAAAGUACCACAAAAGACACUCCUGUUGGAUGCUCUGGAACAAGAGUCCGAAGUUAUCUAUGACUUUUGCAUGUGCAACCCUCCCUUUUUCGCCAACCAACUGGAAGCAAAGGGAGUCAAUUCCCGCAAUCCCAGGAGACCCCCUCCCAGCUCAGUCAACACAGGAGGGAUCACAGAGAUCAUGGCCGAAGGGGGAGAGCUCGAAUUUGUCAAGAGGAUCAUUCACGACAGCCUGCAGCUGAAGAAAAGGCUGAGGUGGUACAGUUGUAUGUUGGGAAAGAAAUGCAGCUUGGCGCCGCUGAAAGAGGAGCUCCGAAUCCACGGAGUUCCUAAUGUUACCCACACGGAAUUCUGCCAAGGGCGCACCAUGAGGUGGGCGCUGGCAUGGAGCUUCUAUGAAAAUGUCAAAGUGCCAUCACCCCCUUCCAAGAAAAGAAAACUAGAAAAGGCUCGGAAGCCGAUUACUUUCCUAGUUCUGGCGUCAACAAUGAAAGAAUUGACUGUUAAAGCGUCAUCCAUGGGACUGGAGGCUUCUGAAGGGACGGAAGCCGUUGCAGCGUGGAUUAAAAAAAUUCUCAGUGACCUGAAGGUCCAGCACAAAAGCAUCCCUUGCGGAAAAGACGAAGUCAGCCUGUUUCUAACCGCCUUAGAAAACUCCUGGAUUCAUUUAAGGAGAAAGAAAAGAGAGCGGGUCAGACAACUCCGCGAACUUCCUCGAGCCGCCGUAGAUUUCCUGCAGGCCCCGGAAGAGAAAGAGAACCCCCAGAAAGAUUCCAGUAAGACCGCAGAGUGUGAAGAAACCGAGGCGGGAGGUGCCAAAGAAGGCUCCUUGGAACUUGAAUCCCCUGAGGACGAUAGUGUAAAUAGUUCCUCUCCUGUUAAGGAGGGAAAUAGCCAAGCAUGUACUGAGGAAAGCGGGCGAGCGAAACAGCAAGCCGGCGCCUUAGCCGGUGCUGAAGAAUCUAGCGGCGCAAAGGAGUCCAACGCUUUUGGCAUUGCUGGCCAAGCCACAGAAACCGGGCAGCGUGCCAGACACUCAAACGAAUGGUUCCUUUUCAAGUGCAUCUUAAAUGUGAAGAGGGAAGGGGAGGAUGCCUUGGUGGAAAUGCACUGGGUCGAAGGACAGAACAGGGACUUAAUGAACCAGCUCUGCACCUACUUAAAGAACCAGAUUUUUCGGCUGGUUGCGACUUGAGCGU